UUCCACUCGGGAACAGCGGCCAGCCACCGUCCAGUCCAGGGUUCACGAGCUAACCCGAAGCCCCGGGAGAGGAGGAGGAGGAGGAGAGAGGGGGGUUGAGGAUUGCCGUGAUUGGGUCAGUAGCGCGCUCUGCUCACAUGACUGGGCAUGGGGCUCCGGUAAAGUCGGUCACAUGACCGCCCUACUCCCGACUAGACCAGGAUACAGACGAAACAACACAACACCAAGUACCACAGCAGAGCAGGACAACUUUAAACUUGUCAAAUUUCAAUCACCGCAUCAGCAACAUAACUCGACACACGCUCCGAAGUCCGCCGCGGGUCCGGGUAGAGAUUGACGUUAAAGUGGUUUUGAGGAGUUUCGAGAGUGUGAGUGUGUGUGCGAGAGAGCGCGACAGGUAGGAUGGAGCGCUUGGUGUUGUGUCGUGGAGUUAGUUAGCCACUCGGGAUGUCCGGAGAUGCCUCGUGGGUCUGCGCGACUGUAACGUCUCGUCACGGGCAGGCGCGCCCCGCGCGUCACAGCAGUGGUGGAAUAAUAUCUUCCUCGAGGAAGACUCGGAAACUCCUCGCGCGGAGACGAGAGGGAAAGAGGGUAAUCGGGUGAGUGCGUGAGAGAGUGACUGCCUCUGGCCGUGUUUGUCAGGAUGACGGAGCGCACGCCCUUGCUACAUUACCGGCUGUCCACCAGCGUGAAUGAGUCCGGGGAGCAUCAGCCCGGUGGGCCCACCGGAGAACCCCAAGAGGCCAGCCCCACGGUCCCGCGGCGCAAAGGGAGCCCCGGGCAAGCGCAGAAGCUCUCCACUUUCUUCGGGGUCGUGAUCCCAACGCUGCUGUCCAUGUUCAGCGUGGUGCUGUUCUUGCGCAUAGGGUUCGUGGUGGGUCAGUGUGGGCUGUACCAGGCGAUUGGAAUGUUCCUGGUGGCCUAUUUCAUCAUCAGCAUGACGGUGCUCAGCGUGUGUGCCAUCUCCACCAACGGGGCUCUGGACGCCGGAGGAGCAUACUACAUGAUCAGCAGAGCGCUGGGGCCGGAGUUCGGUGGUUCCAUGGGUAUCAUGUUCUUUCUCGCCAACGUGUGCGGCAGCGCCCUCUAUGUGUUGGGACUGGUAGAGGCCAUACUCGCCACCUUCGGCGCACCAGAGGACGGCUCGCGUGGCAGUGCGUACGAGGUCCUCCCCACGGGCUACUGGUGGGUGGUGUGCUACGGCAGUGCCAUCCUGCUGCUGUGCGUGUGCGUGUGCCUGGUGGGGGCCGACAUCUAUGCCAAGGCCUCCUUCCUCAUCUUCCUCCUGGUGAUGGUGGUCCUGGGCACGGUCUUCAUCUCCUUCUUCGCCGUGCGCCCCCACCCCAUCACGCUGCCACCGCCGCCCAACCCCCCCACGCCCCCCGGGCCCAACUCCUCCACCCCCGCACCCCCCACCGUGGCCAACUUCACCGGGUUCAAGCUGGAGACGUUGCUCGGCAAUCUCGACGCUGACUACACGGUGGACUACACUACUCAGAUGAUGAUGUCGUUCGCCACCGUCUUCGCCGUCAUGUUCAACGGCUGCACAGGCAUCAUGGCAGGAUCCAACAUGUCAGGAGAUCUGAAGAACCCGAGUGUGUCCAUCCCCAGAGGAACCAUCACAGCCGUCAUCUUCACCUUCAUCAUCUACAACCUCCUCAGUGUCAUGGUGGCCUGCUCAUGCGACCGUGUGCUACUCCAGAGGGACUACAGUUUCCUGCGUGACAUUAACGUGUGGCAUCCCUUCGUGACGAUUGGUGUGUACGCCUCCACCCUUUCUGCCGCGAUGAGCAAUCUGAUUGGUGCAUCACGAAUCCUCUACGCCCUCGCACGAGACGACCUGUUCGGUAAGGUGCUGGCUCCUGCUAAGAGGACCUCUAAGAGUGGAAACCCCUGGAUGUCCGUACUGCUCUCAUGGUUCCUCGUCCAGCUGGUCCUCUUCUCUGGGAAGUUGAACAUCAUCGCGAGUAUCGUCACCAUCUUUUUCCUGCUGGUCUACGCUGCAGUGGAUUUGGCCUGUCUCAUGCUGGAAUGGGCAUCAGCACCUAACUUCAGGCCUACGUUCCGCUACUUCACGUGGCACACGUGUGUGUUGGGCAUCGUGGGCUGUGCGGUCAUGAUGUUUCUGAUUAACCCCAUAUAUGCCUCGGCCUCCAUCGCCUUCAUGCUGCUGCUGCUGCUGGUCAUCCACUACCUGAGUCCCACCUGCAGCUGGGGGUACAUCAGCCAAGCACUCAUAUUCCACCAGGUGCGUAAGUACCUCCUGAUGUUAGACGUGCGUAAGGACCAUGUGAAGUUCUGGAGGCCGCAGGUGCUGCUCAUGGUGGCCAACCCCAGAGGAAGCGUCGGCCUCAUCGCCUUCAUCAACGACAUCAAGAAGAGCGGCCUCUACGUACUGGGACACGUCCAGAUAGGAGACCUGGACACGUUACCGUCUGAUCCUCUGCAGUGCCAGUAUGAGUCCUGGUUGUCUCUAGUUGACCACCUCAACAUCAAGGCCUUUGUCAACCUCACUCUCGCAUCCUCCGUCAGACAAGGAGUGCAGCACCUGCUCUUCAUCUCCGGCCUGGGUGGCAUGCGGCCCAACACGCUGGUCCUUGGCUUCUACGACGACAGUGCCCCCGUGGACCUCCUGCAGGAGUGCGUUGCCGCCGCGCACACACACGCGCACUCACACGGACACACGCACUCGCUCUCCCGCACCCCCUCCCCCGCCCCCGACGAGGACCAGGACUCCUCGGAUGACCCCGAGAGGCCCUCCGCGCGGUUCCACUUCGCCCCCCUGCGCAAGCACGGCUUCGACACCGGAGAGGACACCGAGGGCGUGACCCGGGGCAAGAUGGACCAAUGGGACGAGGCGGUGGACGUGCUGGACGGCCGCAGCAGCCAAUGGGGAGGCAAGGCCUUGGGCCAGCAGGAGUACGUCAGCAUCAUCGCGGACGCCGUCAAGAUGAGGAAGAAUGUGGUGCUGGGACGACACUUCGACACCAUGAAGGUGUGUGAGUCCCAUGUGAGUGCGUGUGUGGACGUGUGGCCAUUAAACCUGCUGCGCCCGGACAGCGUGAGCUACGUGGACACCUGCUCCCUCUUCCUGUUGCAAAUGGCCGCCAUCCUCUCCAUGAGUCGCCCCUGGCAACGGGCCAAGCUCCGCCUCUUCCUGUGUGUGGAGCGGGGGCGGAGCCUGCAGGGCGUGGAACACAAGCUGGGGCUAUUGCUACGGCAACUGCGCAUCAAGGCCGAGGUGCACAUCGUACCUUGGGAUACGCAGGUGGCUCUGCACUGGCAGCGUCAGGGUGAGCGGGAUGGAGAGAGCGGAGGAGAGAAGGAGAGAGAGAAGAGAGUGCGCAUAGAGGAAGAGGAGGAGGACGACGAUGACUUUGCCAACAGUUUCCAUAGUAACGCCACACGCCUGUCAGAUGACUAUCUGUCGGCCGUCAACAGGCUGAUUCUGGAACAGGAAGUCCCACCUCCUGCCGUGCGCUUCCUCUAUUUGCCCCGUCCACCCGCGGACACACGCCGUUACCGUAGCUACCUGCAUCAGCUGGAGCUCCUGACCCGUGACCUUGGGCCGACCUUGUUGAUCCACGGCAUCACACCGGUCAUCACCACACAGCUCUGAACACACACACACACACACACACACACACACACACACA